UCAAAACCAGUGGACGACGACGACUUCUUAUCACUUUAAACAUCGUCGUCUCCAUCAUCUUCUUCAAUUCUUCAACAUCUCAAAAAUCCAAAUUGGGAUCAAAACCAUGGCUUCUCACUCUUCGACGCUCCUCUCUUCUCCUACCUUCGCUCCUUUCUCCUCUCAUCGUCUCCAUCAUUCUCCCAAUCUCUCUACUCUCCGCUUCUCCAAUCCAAUCAGGAGCAACAAACCAAAUCUCGCCUUGCGAUGUUCAGUCUCGAUUGAGAAAGAAGUCCCCGAAACUGAACGACCCUUUACUUUCCUUAGGGAUUCUGAUGACUCCUCUCAAUCUUCUUCUACUUCUUCUCCUAAGUUUAAAGAAGAUGUUUGGUCUCGACCUGGUGGAGGAGGUGGGAUCAGUCGUGUUUUGCAGGAUGGUAAUGUCUUUGAGAAAGCUGGUGUUAAUGUCUCUGUCGUCUACGGUGUUAUGCCUCCUGAAGCUUAUAGAGCUGCAAAGGGCUCAGCUUCUGAUCAGAAACCUGGUCCCGUUCCCUUCUUCGCCGCUGGAGUUAGCUCUGUUUUGCAUCCCAAGAACCCUUUUGCCCCAACUCUUCAUUUCAAUUAUCGCUAUUUCGAGACAGAUGCUCCGAAGGAUGUUCCUGGAGCUCCGAGGCAAUGGUGGUUUGGUGGUGGCACUGAUUUCACUCCUGCUUAUAUCUUUGAAGAAGAUGUCAAGCAUUUCCAUUCGAUUCAAAAGCAAGCCUGUGACAAAUUCGACCCUUCCUUCUAUCCCCGAUUCAAGAAGUGGUGUGAUGACUACUUUUACAUCAAGCACCGUGAUGAGAGACGAGGACUUGGAGGAAUAUUUUUUGAUGAUCUUAAUGACUAUGAUCAGGAAAUGCUUCUCUCAUUUUCCACUGAAUGUGCAAACUCAGUGGUUCCGGCUUAUAUACCUAUAGUAGAGAAAAGGAAAGACAUGGAAUUCACAGAGCAGCACAAAGCAUGGCAACAGUUGCGAAGAGGGCGAUAUGUCGAAUUUAACUUGGUAUAUGAUCGUGGAACGACAUUUGGUUUGAAGACAGGAGGACGAAUAGAGAGCAUUCUCGUUUCUCUUCCGCUUUCAGCAAGAUGGGAAUAUGAUCAUAAACCGGAAGAGGGCACCGAAGAGUGGAAGCUAUUGGAUGCUUGUAUCAACCCGAAGAAGUGGAUCUAGAUUCUAUAGGCUGUGUUUCAUUGUUUGAGAAGAGUGAGUUUAUUUCCGUUGUUUCUUGUAAGUUUUGGCAAGUUUAGAUGACUGAAGAGGAGAAGGGAAAGAGAGUAAGGUGCUAUGAAUGUGUUAACUUGCGUCUGAAACAGUAGUUUCGUUUCGUUUCUUUGCAGUGGCAAUGAAGACAGACUUAGAGCAAUGUUUCAAAGUUCAAUUUUACAAAUGCAUAUAUAUA